AUGUAAAAUUUUGAGACUGUAGAGAUUGUAAAUCCAACUGUUGAUUAUUUAAUAAUAAAAUGCGGAUAAAAUCUUUAUGAGCAUUACUUAUGUGAGAAAGAACCUGGAUAUAAUUGUGAAGUGAUAGCGAAUUGGCAGUGUGGAGUUGUAUAAUAGGAAUUCUUAGUAUGUAAAAUAAAUAACAAUAAAAGCCAUUUGACCAUGGUGAAUCUAAAUAUGCUAUUUUGAAUAAAUGGAUCGAUGAAGACGAGCCUGUACUUAAUUAUAUAAAAUGUUGUAGCAUUUUAAAACAAUUGAUAAUAUGACUGCCAAGGGAGUUAAGAUAGUGAAACUAUAACCGCCAUAAACUGGAUAAGACACACUUGAUGAUGCUAGAUCCUAAAGAAGUCAAUCUUCAUCCAGAUUCUCCAGAAAUUCAAUUGCGAAGUUUUAAAAUUCUGUAAGCAAAAUGAAACUUAUAAAUAAAUUGGGUGGCUCUUCACAAUAGAUGACAACUCUCUAAUCUACUAUUCAAGAAGAAUACAAGCCUAACCUAAUUAAGAUGCCAGAGACUAAAAAGCCUCCAACUCCUGAUGCCAUUAUAGAAAGACUUCGUGAAUAGAGAGAAUAUUAAGAAUUGGACAAGUAGAAAGAAAAUGAAAGAAUGCGUAAAAUAAAAGAAGAGUAAAUUGAAUAAGAUGAGAAAAAGAAAGAACAGUUGAAAUAAUUAAAAAAUAAGUAGUACACGUAUGAUUAUGAUGGUUAAGUGGUGUUUCUUACAACAAAGUACAAACCUUUAGUAUAUAAUAGGCCCAUAGACUUACAGAUAAAUGAAAUUCUUUCACCAGAAACAAAAACUAAUCAACCUUAGAAAGUCAUGAGGGAAGUGAAUUCACAACCUGAAAUCAAACCCGUUAAGGAAGCAUUUGCAAAAGGAGAAGACGAAAAUAGAAAAUUGGAAAAGGCAGCUGCUGUUGAAUAUCCAAAAUAGCCUCCUUUAAUUGAAGCCAUGAAGGUUCUAUGAAUAGUUAUUACUAGUCUAAAUAAGGUACGAAUAUCAUCUUUGACAAUGGGUAUAUUAAAGAAGGAGGAGAAUACAAGAUUCCUGAUAGGAUGAGUAAGAGGGAUUAUCAAACAAUGGUGGAUGGUUUAUAAUAAAAAAAUAAAAAGUAGUAUGAUGACGCAGAAGAUGGAGUGGUUGAGGAAAUGGACACAUAUGAAUAGAAAAUAUAUGAUGCUAUUAAUCGUGAAGGAGAUAGGAAUAUCAAAAUAUCUAAUGAAUAACAUUUCAAAUGGAUGAUGGAAGAUGAAGAUAUCAAAAAGUCUUAUCGUUCAUCCUCAGCUGAAUCUGCUAAUGCAAAGAGCAUCUAUGAAAGCAAGAAAUAGUCCAAAAAACAUACUAAAGAAAAAGAGAAGACUAGUCCCAAGAAGCUAAAAUCCUAAUUUGAUAGGAUUAAUGCUUAUAAGAAUUGUAUUAUUUGGCUUAUCGUUUAGUUGAUGAUGUAAAAAAACCUCAAAAUCUUAAAGCGAGCAAGCUACACAAAGCUUUGAAUGAAUUUGACUCAAAGUUAUAGAGUCCAAAAUGGGGAUAUACUGAAGACAAAGAAAUUCCUUUACCAAAUUCAACAAUAUAUAAAUUAAAACAUAAAUCUGAAAGCUAGCCUAAAUUGCCUCUUUUAAAAUAAAAAGGAAGAAUUUGA